UGGGCGCGUCCGGGCCGGCUCCCUCCUCGGGCCCGGCCUGGGGCGGGAGAAGGACCGGCCCGGGGUGGCCAUGGCGUCCCGCGGGGGCAGCCGCACCCUCAGCAAGGACGAUGUCAACUACAAGCUGCACUUCCGCAUGAUCAACGAGCAGCAGGUGGAGGACAUCACCCUCGAUUUCUUCUACCGGCCCCACACCAUCACCCUGCUCAGCUUCACCAUCGUCAGCCUCAUGUACUUCGCCUUCACCCGGGAUGAUUCUGUCCAAGAAGAUAAUAUUUGGAAGGGCGUCCUGUCUGUAAUUUUCUUCUUUUUAAUCAUCAGCGUUUUAGCUUUUCCCAAUGGUCCGUUUACCCGGCCUCAUCCAGCUUUAUGGCGAAUGGUUUUUGGCCUCAGCGUGCUCUAUUUCCUGUUUCUGGUGUUCCUGCUCUUCCUAAACUUUGAGCAGGUGAAAGCAGUGAUGUAUUGGCUGGAUCCAAAUCUUCGCUAUGCCACAAGGGAAGCCGACAUCAUGGAUUAUGCUGUGAACUGCCAUGUCAUCACCUGGGAGAGGAUCCUCAGCCAUUUUGACAUAUUUGCAUUUGGGCAUUUCUGGGGGUGGGCCAUGAAGGCCUUAUUGAUCCGAAGUUACGGACUGUGUUGGACAAUCAGUAUCACCUGGGAGCUAACCGAGCUUUUCUUCAUGCAUCUGCUACCAAAUUUUGCCGAAUGCUGGUGGGAUCAGGUCAUUCUGGACAUCCUCUUGUGUAAUGGAGGUGGUAUCUGGCUAGGCAUGGUAGUCUGCCGAUUUUUAGAAAUGAGGACUUAUCACUGGGCAAGCUUCAAGGACAUUCACACCACUACAGGGAAAAUCAAAAGAGCCGUGCUACAGUUCACUCCUGCUAGCUGGACCUACGUUCGCUGGUUUGACCCCAAGUCAUCAUUUCAGAGAGUGGCUGGCAUAUACCUUUUCAUGAUCAUCUGGCAGCUGACUGAGUUGAACACUUUCUUCUUGAAGCACAUCUUUGUAUUCCAAGCAAGUCACCCUUUAAGUUGGUGUAGGAUUCUCUUUAUUGGUGGGAUCACCGCACCCACUGUGAGGCAAUAUUAUGCUUACCUCACCGAUACACAAUGCAAACGAGUAGGAACACAGUGUUGGGUAUUUGGGGUCAUCGGUUUCCUGGAAGCUAUUGUUUGCAUUAAGUUUGGGCAAGAUCUAUUUUCCAAAACGCAAAUACUCUAUGUUGUGCUCUGGCUUCUUUGUGUGGCUUUUACCACUUUCCUGUGUUUGUAUGGCAUGGUUUGGUAUGCGGAACACUGUGGUCACCGAGAAAAGACCUAUUCCGAAUGUGAAGACAGCACUUACAGUCCAGAUGUCUCCUGGCUUCAUUCGAAAUUUACAAAAGGUAAUGAAGACAGCCCACCCAAGCAUUCAGGAAACAGUGAAAGCCAUUCUUCCAGAAGACGGAAUCGCCAUUCCAAAGCAAAAGUAACCAAUGGAGUGGGCAAGAAGUAAAGGACCCCGGUUGAUUCAAGUUGUUCCUGAGAGUGCCUAGGACCGGGGGAAUCCAAACCAGUUCCCAGCUAGAAGGUUAAUAUGCGGAAAGAAAACAGGAGGAGGGGAAGGAAAACUUUUUUCUUUUCAUUAAUGGAGGGCUAGUCUCCGUGUCCAGAUGGGACUGUCGCCCGUCUCUUCCAGAUCAUUGCCUGUUGUCACUUGCCACCCACUGGGUUUAAUCUAAAUUUUUCCUUCCCUUGGCACUUGGCCACCACUAGUAGUGCCGGGUUUUCAGAGGGAAAAGUAUGCUGUGUUGUGCACUUCUGCCAAGAGCAUCCAUGUGUUCAGAUAUUGUGGUUGCGUUUUAGGUGUCUUCAGUAAGGCCCUAAGGUGUCUUUGGUCUGGACACCUGAAAUCUUCUGUAUUCACUGUUGCAAUAUGGGAAGUUUUUUUGUUUUGUUUUUCUUUUGUUUUUUCCUUGAAAGGAGGAAAAUUAUCCUUUUUUAGUCUUGGCUGUGUGUGUCUAGUUUGUUUUCUCUUCCUUCCUUCCUUCCUUCCUU